GGCCCCCUUAAUGGGCUUCAGGCUCCCUUCAGUUCUUAGAAGCCCUAGGGCAUCAAUAUAUCUCUAGUAGAACCUCCUUAGCGACACUAAAGAAUUUGAAAAUUGGUAGAGCUCAAACGGGUAGCCAAGCCGCGCGGAGAGCCUACGCCCUAGGUAUAGUUAUCAUCACACAUAAUGUCAAGGAAGAAGAACAGAACUCGGCGUCCAAAAGCCCACGCCAAUAAUAGAUGGGGGCCACGAACCGUAGGUUUCGACGACCAUAUGCAGGGCGUCGACCCGCCACCGACGAAGAAUCAUAACCCGGCUAACAGGAGAGGAGGCAAUGACAAAUCUUUCCCGCCCCGCGGUCGAGGCGCACAGCCAUAUCACAACGGCAACGGCCGCACCUCCGGUCCCCGUGGUGGUCAAACGCAAAGGAACAACAACAAGCACAACGCUUCGAACUCGAAACCGAACAGAUGCAAGCGCCGCAACAAUAAUAACACCCCCAAUACACCCGCCGACAUAUGCUCCGACCUCGACAUGCUCCUCACCUCGCCGCCACCCCUCCCCUUCACCACAUUGCACCAACAACCCUCCCCCUUCUCAUUUGCCCCGAACGCCUACUUCAACGGAAACGGGGGCGGACCCAACACCCGCUUCUGCACCGAAUGCAGCGCAGUCCGACGAGCGAACCUGCGCUUCCGGAACUGGGCGACGCGGGCCAUCCGCGCGUGCGGCGAGCGCUUCUGCGAAUGGGCCGACGACGCGGGCGUCGGCUUCGAAAGCGCCGAUGAGAUGGACUGGCAGCCCGAGCCCGUGACUCGGGUCCUACUCGUGCGGCCUUCCACUCCUAACCCCUACCCCUUCCCGAUACAGCAGCAGCAGCAGCAGCAGUACAAGCCUAUCGUAGUGGAGCAGCACGGAGGAGACGUGGGCGGUGAUCCUAGACCCGGGCCUUGGCCUUGGCCGCCGUUUAACUGGUAUGAGAACCCCACCGUCCCUACUUGGUCUGCCCGCGUACCCUCGGUCGGACUACCGAGCGUGCCUACGACGGCGGAGGAGGUGCCGUUGCCUGAUUUUAGCGCCCUUAGCACUAACCCCAACACCAAUACCAAUAUCAACAACGCAGGCACAGGGGGGCCGAUUCCAGUGUCAGGGUUCGGCUUGCUCGGAGCAGGGUGCGCUGGCUGCGCUGCCGACGAGCAAGAGUCCAGGUUAGGCUACGCGUGGAGCGGAGGAGGGCAACCGCCCAUCCCGGCGCGGGCGCCGCCACAAGCGCCUACGGUGAUAAGUACGUGCGGGCCGACGAGGGUGGGAGUACCUUCUACUCGACCUUUUAGCCAAAGUUUUGCUACGUAUAGGGGGCGGAAGAUUUCGAGGGAUUCGGAUGGUCCUUAUUGAAUUGGGGGGUAAAGUACCUACUCAGAUAAUGGGUUAUGGAACGUGGUGAGUAGAUAGAUACUCGCUUUCUGUGAACUAGUU